UGAUUGGCCGGGGACGAGGAAGCAGGAAGGAGGGCGGCGGAGGCUCCGCUCUCGGGGAGUUUGUGGGGGAACCGCGAGCGGCGUAGCGGAUCCCGGAGCCCGGCCCCCGUCGCCCGCCCGUCCCGGCCGCCCGCCCCGCCCGUCCGGCCUCCGCCGCCCGCCCGCCCCGGCCCGGCGCGCCCGCCGCCGCCGCCGCCCCCCCCCCCCACCGACGGCCCCGCCCGGCCGCGGCCCCCGCUCCGCCCGCCCGGCCGCGGCCCCCAGGAGGAGGCGCUGACGCAGCAGCGUGGAGCCCGGGAAUUGAGCGCCCCCGGGGGGUUCCAGCCGCCGGAUUCCAGCCCGGCCGGGGCCUGCGGGCGCCCGGAGCCGCGCCGUCCGCGCCCGCCCGUCCCGGUUGGAGGACUCCAUGACACACACUCGGAGGAAGUCCCUGUCCCUGCUGAGUUCCGGCUCCGCCGGCCACCAGGCGCCCCUGCAGAUGGAAGACGGCGGCGUGGAGCAGGGGGCCGAGGGCGCGGAGCCCGGCAGGCCCGCGAGCCCCGGGCACCUCACGGGGCGCCGCAAGAACUACCCGCUGCGGCGGCGGCCCCCGGUCCCCGAGAAGCCGAAGGCCUGCAAGGUGCUGCUGACCCGCCUGGAGAGCGUGUGCGGCCCCCGCAGCGCGGACGAGGCCGACGAGCUGCCCCCGGACCUGCCGCGGCCCCCGAGCCCGGCCCCCGGCGAGGACGCCGGCCCCGCGCGGCCCCGCAAGCGGCGCCUGGCCUCGCUCAACGCCGAGGCCCUCAACAACCUGCUGCUGGAGCGCGAGGACCGCGCCCCGGGCGGCUGGACCUCCUCCAAGAAACGGCCCCGGCUGGGGGAGGGAAGCCGCGAGCCGUCCCCCGAGGAAGGGGCCCGCCGAGACGCGGACCCGGCCCCCAAGAGGCUGGCGAGCCUCAACGCCGCCGCCUUCCUGAAGCUGAGCCGCGAGCGGGAGCUGCCCCUGCGGCCCCCCCGCGCCCGCGCGGAGCCGGACGGGCGCCCCGCGGAGCCCCUGCCCCCCAAGCUCCUGCGGCCCCGGUGGGCCAAGGUCGGCGGCAAGAACCACCCCAAGGCCCGGCAGGGAGCGGACUCGGGAGAGGCCUCCGGCCCGCCCGGCUGGCGGGAGCCCCCGGACGAGCCCCGGCCCUCCGCCGCUCCCCGCGGGCCGUCCGGGCCGCCCCCGCCGCCGCCACUGCCCUGCCAGCCCCCGAGCAAGGCUCUGGAGAGCCCCGCGGGACCGCGGCCCCACCUGCCCCUGCUGAUGGGCGGGCAGGCGGCCCUGAAGCCGGAGCCCGGGCGCCCCGGCGAGGAGUCGCCCGCCCCCAAGCAGGAACUGCACCAGCCCUCCUUCCCCGAGCCCCGGCUGUCGCCCCUGCCCCUGCCCGGCAACCCCGCCGACUGCCACCGCGGCCCGUGCGCGGGGCCCGAGCUCACGGCGCUGGGCAGCUUCUACCUGUGCUGCGGCCAGGACGGGCCGCAGUGCGGGGGCUACGCCCCCUGCCCCAUGCUCCCCGAGGGGAAGCUGUCCCCCGUGGCCGCCCCCACGGAAGGGCUCCUCCUGGCCCCCCGCGCAGCGCCUCCCGGCACCCCCUUCCAGCCCCCGCCCUGGAGCGCGUCCCGCUACUGCGCCAGCGAGAAGGCGGCCGCGGACGGCUACGGCGUGUGCGGGGUGCUGCCCCUGCCCCUCGCCCGCAUCGGCACCGCCUGCGGCGGCUCGCCCUACAAGAUGCCUUUUGCGGCAGACGGCUGCCGGUCCCUGGGCCAGCUGGAAUUCCCUCUCCCGGAAGCCGGCCACCCGGCCUCGCCGGCCCACCCGCUCCUGGGGUGCCCCGUCCCCAGCGUGCCGCCCGCCGCGGAGCCCGUCCCCCACGUCCAGACGCCUACCUCGGAGCCCCAGACGGUGGCCCGCGCCUGCCCGCAGAGUGCCAAGCCGCCCAGCGGCUCCAAGUCGGGCCUGCGCACGGGCCCCGGCUGCCGGCACCCGGCCCGCAGCAAGGCCGCCCGCCGGCCCAGCCACCCCAAGCAGCCGCGCGCCCAGCGCCCCCGCCCGCGCCGCCGCCGCCGCCGCCGCACCAACGGCUGGGUGCCCGUGGGGGCGGCCUGCGAGAAGGCCGUCUACGUGCUGGACGAGCCAGAACCCGCCAUCCGGAAGAGCUACCAGGCGGUGGAGCGGCGUGGAGAGACAAUCCGAGUGCGGGACACCGUCCUCCUCAAGUCAGGCCCAAGGAAGACGUCCACGCCUUACGUGGCCAAGAUCUCUGCCCUCUGGGAGAACCCUGACUCAGGGGAGCUGAUGAUGAGCCUCCUGUGGUACUACAGGCCCGAGCACCUACAGGGCGGCCGCAGCCCCAGCAUGCACGAGCCUCUGCAGAAUGAAGUGUUUGCAUCCCGCCAUCAGGAUCAGAACAGCGUGGCCUGCAUCGAGGAGAAGUGCUACGUGCUCACCUUUGCUGAGUACUGCAGAUUCUGUGCCAUGGCCAAGCGCCGGGGCGAGGGCCUUCCCAGCCGGAAGACAGCGCUGGUGCCCCCGUCCUCCGACUACUCCACCCCGCCGCACCGCACCGUGCCCGAGGACACGGACCCAGAGCUGGUGUUCCUCUGCCGCCACGUCUACGACUUCCGCCACGGCCGCAUCCUCAAGAACCCCCAGUAGCCGCCCGUGCACGUGGGGGCCGCCCUUAGCCAAGUGGGGCUCGGGGCCGGGGCACUGCUCGAAGCACAGCACUUGGUGGAAGGGGCUCUGGGGUCCUGCGGUGCCGGCCUGUGGUUUUCCUGGGGAGGGAGGGCAGGGGCCCCCGAUGGUUCUGGGUCUUGAGAGGAGGGAGGGGGAGGCCAGGCUUGGCCCGGUGCCUCCCUGCGCUGCCCGGGGGGGUGGAGGGGAGACUCCUGAAGAAUCGGUCUUCCCAGAGGCCGGGCCAAGCCUGAGGGACACACACCGAGGAAGGGUAGGGGCGAGGAGGGUGGGUCGGGCCCUUCCAGAACCAGCCCCUUCGGUGGCCUCCCUGGCCCCCCCCACCCCCCGGGGAGCAAGCCAGCUUUACCUCACCCACUGUGACCCACUGCUUUCCUGUGAGCCUGGGACCAGGCGCCCCCGAUUCUAGCACAGCUCUGGGUUCAUUCUCUGCAGCCUGGAGAGCCGCAGUCCAGCUCCCAGAGCCUUGACUCCCUCCUCCCGGGCUCGGGGCCUUGCCCUGGCCUGGCUCCUUCGCCCCCUGCGGUAGCCACUGGCCUGGGUCGAUGUGACCCAGCCCUUGAAGCGCGAGGCGGCCCACCGCGGCCGGACGCCUCCCUGGAGGGACACCCAGCGGGUCUGGUGAACUGGGGAUCUGUCAUGUCCGGGAGGGUGGGGGCCGCGGCAAGGAGAAUUGCUACCUGAUUUGUUGAAGAUUUUUCCUCUUGCCUUACACUUGGAGGUCCUGGGAAACCUCCUGCAGAACUUCACACGUGACUCCUGAAGCCACACCCACCCGAAAUCAAACCAAAGGAGUGCUGCGGCUCCCCUUGCGGUCACCCCGUCCGCUAGUCCUUUGUAGAUUGCACUAAUUCCCAUCCCAGCGAGAAUCGACACUGUAUCAGUCCACAGACCUGCUGAGCCAGGGGGGGGGGGCCCUCCCAGGGAGCUGAGCACCUGCGUCUUCACUCUGUUCUUGCGGCCCUGUGGUGGCGAUUGAUUAGGAUACUCGGCACCCUGUUGUCCCUGCCUGGCGUAGGCCGGCCCUGGCCCUGGCUCUCUCGAGAGGGGCUGGAGGCCUGAUUAUUUCCUGUCUGUACCAAAGAAGAGCAUGGCUUGGGCCUGGUGUCGGGAACCUGCUACCUGAGCGUGUCCAGGAGAGCACACCCCGAAACGGGCCAAGGAAAGCGGCACUGAGCCCUGGUGAGGAGGGGGGGGAUGUGGGCCCAGUAAGCCGGCAGGGGGCACUGGAGGAGGGUAGUCAGGAAGGAGGUCAGUCCAGCAGGGUGCGGAGAGUGAGGCCCAAGAAUCCCGAGGGCUCCCUGGCGACCCCCAGAGCCCUGCCCUGGUCCUUAGAAACGGGUUGUCCCUGACUGGCCAUGGGAGCGGGCAAGGCCCCGAGGCUUCCUGCGAGGCCUGGCUGGAAGGGCCCGGGGUCCCUGUUGAAUAAGCUGUUCAGGGGGAGGUGGCAGUCUGGAAGAGUGGGGGGCAGGCAGUAAGAGGGGGAUGGGGUGGCCGGCCGAGGGGACCCCGAGAGGCCGCCUUGGAGCUUGCUUGCUCCCAGGGUCUGCCAGGAGCCCAUUCUCGCCCACGGGGGAGGAGUUCGAGGCCCCUCCUCGCACGCGUGCGGCAGGGGCUGCUGCCCAGAACUUAAAACGCUUUUGAGACUCUUAGAUGUGGAAAUAUUUUUUGGAACCUGAAAAUGCAGCUGGUAGAAUUUCGAUGGAAGCAUAAUCCAUGUAAACUCUAUUUUAGUUGGUAUUUUGUAAAAUGCACUUUUUGUGUGUGUCGAUCCUGGUUUCCCAGAUCUGUAUUUCAGUGUUUACAGGGGAGGGCCGCCCUUCCUCACCUCCCUUUUGACAGAGAGUAGAAGUACUUCUUUAAGAAAAAAAUAAAUUUGAAAAAUUGUAUUGAUUUAGA